AUGAAUUUCAAAAUACUCCUCCCGAUUUGUGCUUUAUUAACACUUACAACAUUUCUACUGACCAUUAUUGCCACUGCGGGUUCUACUUCGAAUUAUAAACCAAUAACGAAUAUUUUCAUCGGUGAUGCUAAUAUAUCAAAAAUUAACGUUACAAAAGUUAUGCCACAGGUUGGCCCAAUUUUGACGGUAUUAGGCUCUGCUCUAACCGCUCCAAAUACAACUGUGGAUAGCAUAUUUGGCGCCCUUAAGGCAAUCGCUUCUACCGAGGCCUUGUCUCCUCUACUGCACUUGUUGUCUAACGCUGCUAACACUUCAGCUACACUAUCAUCUUUGACGCAGCUGGCUCCAAUGGCUUUGGCAGGAUCCAAUAACGCCACUACCACGGCCUUCUCCGCUCUUGAAGAGUUAUUGACCACCUCUAAAAACACAACCGAACUCUUGGGUGGUUUUAGCACAUUGAUGUCAUCUAUGUCAGCCAAUGCUUCUUCUACUUCGACUUCCUUAGAAAACACCGUUCUGACCCUAUUAGUGGAUUCGACCAAUCCUAUUGGCACUACUGAGUCUUUGAUUACUUUGAAUAAUAUGACCACCGAAGAGAAGACAAAAUUAUCGCCUGUAUUCGAGUUAUUUGCAGCUUCCAAGAACCUUACUGCCACAUGCGAUGCGUUAGAAACCAUAAUGAACUCCAGCGUUCCAACUUCAACGGUUUCCUCAUUGUUUUCUAGUCUAAAAACCAGUAUUGAGGAAGGCGGCAAUGCCACCGCAACAAUUAUACAGUUAGGCUCUCUUGUUCCUUCGACUUUGAAACCAGCUGUACAAGCUGUUAUCACUCUGUUUGACGAGACUACAUCUCAAAAUACAACAUUAACCGUAUUGAGUACUAUGAUUGCCGAAAACAUUACUCAGUCGUCUUCCGCCAAAGCUGCUAUGGGUGCUUUGACUGACUUGUUAAAUUAUACCACGAACCAAACAGAACUUCUAACAUCUGUGGAGAGUUUGGCCCUCUCCAAAGAAGCCGCUUCCUCUACUAAUCAAUUGGUAGCCCUUGACGAAAUUCUUUCUGCAAGUGCUAACGCAUCCGCAGUCGUCUCCCUGAUCCCAACUUUGGAAUCCCAAUUGGCCAGCAACACCGCAUUACUUAAGUACGUGCCAUAUUUGUUCAGUCUAUUAGCUGCAUCCAGCAACCCAGUAUCAAGUUUCUCAUCUUUGGUCAACAUCACCAAAUGGGCAGAAACUAAUGCUGCUACAUUUAUGCCCAUGCUGAAAAUUUUAAGCUCUGCUGAAACCAUGACGGCGAUCACACCAGAACAACUUAAGGAAAUGACUCCUUCUAUCCUGGAAUAUUUGCACAUCCCUGUUAUGUACCGUUUAUCCAUUUUCACAAUGUGCCGUGCUCACUUAAACAAAACAAUGUAUUCAUGUAGUAAGUCGCAUGCUGUUCAAAACAUGGAUUUCAGAUCGAUUGUUUACAAUAAUAUUGAAGGAUCAGACUUUAAACCUUAUAUGGACGCGUUGGACAUCGGUAAAGACGAUUUGCAUUUAGAUGGUGAAUUACAAGACAGACAACACAUGUAUGUUCCAGCAGUAAAAGCUGCUUUGGCCAUGAAUUUGAUGUGCAUAAUCACAUCCUUCUUCUUCAUGGUAUGCUUGUUGCUACUAAGUAGACGUUCUGUGGUAAGUCAAAAACUAUGGUUGGGAUUGGGUUUUACUUCCUGUUGGAUAUGUAUUUUCAGCGGGUUGGGUAGCACAAUCUUUAGCGUCAUCCUUAAUAUGAUGAAAUCUGGUUCCAAAAAGGAUGAUUAUGAUGUAAUUAUUUCUGGUUCUUCUCCAUUUUAUGGUCUAAUGUGGUCUGGAUUUGUAUUUGCCGUCCUUGUGUUUCUCUGCAUUGCAUACUGCUGGUGGACUAGCAGAAAGGGAGCUGCCGUCGUGGAAGCUGAGAAAGCUAUUCAAGAAAGUGAUUCUACCUCCAGGAUCAUUGAAGAACACGAAAGUGUCAUUGAUGCUGAAAAAAACUUUGCAAGGUAA